CCUGCGAGCCUCUGACACGUUGAGCAGGCACGUCACCAGGCGUCUUCCCAUUGAAGUGGUCGUCAUGUUUCUGCAAUUAUAAGAUAGCGACAGCUGCAGCCGAAUACGCGACGAUGACGACUACGGUGCCGCCGCCCUCCUCUCCCGCAUCGAGCAGUCGCCCGGUUGGACACUCUAAAGGUACGAGCGCGCCGAGGCUCCACAAGCUACUGGCCGUGCCCGGGUGCAAACCAAACAUGCUCAACGAUCUGCUCCUCCUCCGGCCCGGAGAUGGCCACGAGUCACCAGAAGACAACAGCAGUAGUAACAAGCACGUGGUGUUUUUCCACGGGGACAUUCAGAACUUCCAGGAGGAGAUGGCCUCGCAGCCCGAGUGCGCCCCCUGGCUGGCGUGGAGUUUGGAGCAGGUGAGCGUCACGCUGGGCCGCCGCUUCCCGGGCCACCACGUGUGGGUGGUGCGCGCCUCACGCAUGUACCUGCACAAGUUCAGCGGCUACCGCCACUUUGUGGACAGCAACAUGUUCGGCGCCCCGCAACACGCCCCGUACUCGCCCGACGGCGGAGCGCUGCGCCACCUCAGGUCUCUGCUGGUCCACGGGAUGGAGCGAGCCGGCCUGCCAAACACCAUCCGAGCUCCAGGCGACGCCAGCGGCACCCGUGCCGGAUUCUCCCUGACCCUGGUGGGCUUCAGUAAAGGCUGCGUGGUCCUCAACCAGGUGGUCCACGAGCUGGCCGGCGCCCUGGCGGAUCCGCGUGUUUCGGACUUUGCCGGAAGCCUUUCGGACAUGUUCUGGCUGGACGGCGGCCACCCGGGGGGAAGCGAGACCUGGGUGACGGACAGGAGCCUGCUGGGCCAGCUCGCCACAAGCGGGAUCGGGAUCCACGCUCACGUGACGCCGUACGAGGUCCGAGACCCCACGCGGGCCUGGGUGGGUCGGGAGCACGCGUGUUUCGUGAAGACCCUGGAGGAGCUCGGGGCGCGUCUGUAUGAUAAACUCCACUUUGUGGAUGAACCGCCGUCCAUUGAAAACCACUUUCGGGUCAUUCAGGAAUUCUGAGCCUCCUUGACAGCUUUCAACGGGAACCGAGUUCAUCCGGGUGGCUCUUGUGUCCGUGUGAAUCUUUUCAUGUCUUUGCCUGGAUCUUAUUCACCAACAUCGUGUGACAGAUGGUGUCCUCGCAGGGGUGUCCCAGUCCGAUCCUGGAGUUUUCCACGUCUCCCUCCUCCAACACCGAAGAUUCAAAUAAUCAGUACAGUUAUCAGGCUUUUGAAAAACUUGCUUAUGAGCUCAUCUUUUGAAUCGGGUGUGCUGGAGGAGGGGCACGUCUCAAACCGACUGGAUCAGGUCCCUCCAGGACCGGACUUGGGCAUCCCAGCAGUGGACUCAACGCAAGUCAUCGCAUUCCGCUUCUUGAUUGCAAUCUCGCCGUCUCUUAUUUUUCCCCCGAUGAAUUAUUGGCCUAUUUGAGGAGGGGUGGGGGGGGGGGCAACUGCAUGCCCCCAAACUGCGGGUCUCUUGUCACUCAAAUUGUGUCUCCUGGACCAUUCUCCAAAAGUCACACAGUAGCACUUGCUGCAAAGUAAAGGAAUGUGUUCUUUUUUCCAUCCAUAGGUAGAUAGCUCUCUGGUUUCCAUGUUGGGUACACGAGUGCCUCAAAAACAUUUUGGGAGUUGGCGCUUCCUGGUGGAAAUAGAAGUUGUUUCGCGGUCUGGAACACGAGCCUCCCUCAGUGUGAAUUGAUGGACGACAGCAAAUUGCGUCCUGGUUUGAUCAUUUGGAAGAUUCGGCGUGAAAAAGUUGGCGCUCGGGUGGGCUUUGAUUUGCUUUUGGUUUGGUUGAAAAUUGUGCCAUUGUCUGUGCGGAAAGUCGUUUUUCCAGGCACCCCGCUGAGAGAAUGACGCCUUUUUCUUCAAUGUUUUCCGUGCAGUCAUUCCCAUUGGAGGCUGCGGGCGACACCCGCGCGCUGGUGACGACUUGUGUCGACAGGCUUUCGGAGCACACUGUGGUCUUAUUCCUUCAGUCGAGACCCAUUCAGAGCGCGGCAGAGGGCCGAAGAGACAAAAAGCCGGCUAUUCUUGUCCUGUUUGGUCCGAGCUCGUUCUGUGGAAGGCGGCGAUGAAUGUCUCCGCAUUGUCAUCCCGAGUCACCGUUCCCACGGUCGCCGCGCUCUUGAGCGCGGACGGCCGUUAUUCACGUUGACUGCA